AUGGCGAGGAAGCUGCAUUAUUUCGACACCAACGGCAUUGCCGAAUCUGUCAGGUAUAUGCUUCAUUACGCCAAGCAGAAGUUUGAAGACGUGCGAUACGACUCUCAGAGCUGGCCGGUUGAACAAGUAAAGAAAUCUCUUCCAUUCGGCCAGUUGCCUUUGUAUGAAGAGGGGAAUAAGUCACUUUACCAAUCAGUGGCCAUUGCUCGAUACAUUGGUGCUGUUCACAACCUGAUCCCAGCAGACAUUUGGGAGCAAGCUCAACUGGAUGCUAUUGUAUUGAGCGUCUACGACUUCUGGUCAAAGGUCAUAGCAUAUGUUAAAGAACAAGACAUUGUCAAGAAACAGGAGCUGAAGAAGGAAAUCUUGGGAGAAUGGAUCGACUUCUAUUUCGCCAGGUUUGAAAACCAACUGAAGAAUAACAAGGGUUUCUUUGGAGGAAAGUUGAGCUGGGCUGACUUCGUUUUCGUUGGCAUCGUCGAAGCGAUUAACUUGCGUCUGGGUGAGCAGAUCGAGAGGAAAUAUCCUCAUGUCGCAGCUCUGGUAGACAAGAUCAGGAACUUACCCGGAGUCAAGGAGUACAUUGUCAGCAGGAAACCCUACCUAACCUGGGCUGACUUCGUUUUCGUUGGCAUCGUCGAAGCGAUUAACUUGCGCCUGGGUGAGCAGAUCGAGAGGAAAUAUCCUCAUGUCGCAGCUCUGGUAGACAAGAUCAGGAACUUACACGGAGUCAAGGAGUACAUUGUCAGCAGGAAACCAUACGUACUGUUAAUUAUUCAUUCAGUUAAAUUGCUAUGA